UUUCUUUUUAACUCAAAUAAUCAAAAAAAUAAAUGUGUGUUUCUUAAUAGGAUCAAGAAUUUUAUCAGAACCCUAUGUAUGAAACACUCGAAGCUCGUGUUUCAUAAUUAGGAACCCACUUUCCAUUGCGUCCCCUAUUCACGAAACAUGUAAAUACUGUAGCGGAGCAUGCUUUGGCGUCGUGAAUCCAAUGCAUUUAUUUCGUUUAAAAUAUAGUCUUUCGCUUUAAUAUUAUUAAGUAUAACUGUAUAAGUGAUUUUUGUUUAUAGAUAUGCAAUUUUUUCUGGUCAAUAAGUCUGAUUUUUAUAUAACUUGCAUAACCUCGAUCCUAACCUAAAAAUAGUUCAGUGAUUAAUGUAGUUGAUACUUAAUUUGAAUAUGAAGAAACGUGUAGGCAAUAUAGAUAUAAAAAGCAGGGCAAGAAAAACCUCAGGAAAGAAAAAUGCUGUAAGACCUAACCAAAACCAAAAAACUAAACCCAAACCGAAAAUCAGAGUUGUCAAUAAAGUGUUGGUUUCGAAAUUCGUGAAUGGAAAAGUGGUUAAACAAAAAAUCAAAAGGAAAUGUUAUCCACCCGAAGCAAUUAAGGAGGCGAUGAAGGCUGUCAAUGAAGGUGCGUCUCUCAGAAAAGCAGCUGCAAUGCAUGGUGUUCCCUCUGCUACGCUGUGCAAGAAAUUGAAAAAUCCUGAAAGCAUUGGCAAAAAAGGUGGUCCUUCUACGGUUUUGACUGCAGAAGAAAAAGCAGAGAUGAUCAAGUGGCUGAUUUACAGAGCUAAGACAAGCUCGCCUGCGCUAAAAUCUGAAUUGUUUGACUGCAUUCAGAAAUAUUUGCAAAAAGAACAGAAGGAGACUUCUUUCAAAAAUGAUCGCCCUGGGAAAAAGUGGUAUGAUAAUUUCAGGAAACGUCAUCUAGAGAUAAGUUUGCCUGUAGCUCAAAACCUCCCUCUUGUAAGGGCUAUAGUCACUGAAGAAGACUUGCGCCAGUGGUUUGGAGAAGUGCGAACCUUCUUAGAGAAAAAAGGCUUAACAAGCAUACAUCCUUCAAGAAUAUUCAACUGCGAUGAAAACAAUAUUUAGUUGCACCCUAAAGCUGAAAAAGUUUUAGUGAAAAAAGGUGCACGCACUGUUUACAAAGUAAUUGAUGCUCCUGAAAGAGAAAACGCCACAGUAUUAUUCAUGUACAGUGCUGAAGGUAGAAAGGCACCGCCCAUGCUUUUAUAUGCUUACAAAGAAAUUCCUAAGAAGGUAUUAGAAAAUUGCCCUGCAGGUUGGGGUAUAGGUUUAUCUGAUAGUGGAUGAAUGAACACGGAAACUUUUUAUGAAUAUAUGACUACAGUAUUUUAUCUAUGGCUAAUUAAAAGUGACAUUGAAUUUCCAGUUAUAGUGUACAUGGAUGGUCAUGCAUCGCACGUUACUCUUCCACUUGUUAAAUUUUGUCUUGAACACAAAAUUGAACUUAUCACAUUGUACGCACAUUCCACACACAUUAUGCAGCCGCUAGAUAUUGCAUUUUUUCAUCCACUAAAAGAUGUCAAGAACAAAAAAGCAGUCCCUCAAUGGAAACGAGAAAAUAAUGAUAGAUGACUGAAGAAAGAAGAAUUUCCCAAAGUUUUACAAUUGACAUUGGAGCUUUUCUCAGAAGAGAAAAAAGUAAUUGUUAAUGGCUUUAAAGCUGCUGGAUUAUAUCCAUUUAAUCCUGAUAACGUUGAUUACAAUGUUUUGAAAAAAAAAACGAAGAAAUGUAAAAAGAAGGCAAAUGAAUCUGAAACAACAGAAACUUGUGAAGAAUCUGAAGAAUGGCUUGGCUCGAUAGAGAAUAAAGGACUAUUUACUUACUGGCUUAUGCUGAAGAAAAAUAUUCCUGGUUAGAUUUUAAUAUUUUAAUUUAAUUCAAUCUUAUACUGAUCAGUUAAUAUUUUUCAU